AUGGCUACAACAACCUCACAACCUGUCACAGGCCAGGGCCACAUCUCUGGUCAGUCCAACAAACCCAUGUCGCGGCCGGCGCACAGUCUGACGAGCGACGAUGUCGUCCGCGAGCUACAGGGCGACUCCGUUCGAGGGCUGUGGCCCGAGGAGGCCACACGUAGGAUCACUGAGUUCGGGCGCAACGAGUUGACGAAGCAAAAGCCAGUCCAACCUCUGACUAUUCUUCUCGAACAAAUCUUCAACGCAAUGACUUUGGUUCUCAUUCUUGCCUUGGCCGCCAGCUUCGCAAUAAAGGCAUGGAUAGAAGGAGCCCUCCUCGGCACUAUUAUAUUAUUCAACAUUGUCACCGGUUUCAUUCAGAGCCUUCAGGCCGAGAGGACCAUUGCGUCACUGCGCACUCUUAGCUCCCCCACCUGUAACGUCUUCCGAAACGGGGACACUGUUCGCAUUCAAACGGCCGAGGUUGUCCCCGGCGACAUUAUCGAUCUUCAGACGGGCGAUACUGUGCCAGCCGAUAUGCGCCUAAUAGAUGCCGUGAAUUUGGAAGCCGACGAGGCCCUUCUUACUGGCGAAUCUGUACCCAUUCUCAAGAGUCCUAGGGUAACUUUUGAUGAAGACACUGGGCCCGCCGACCGCCUGAACAUUGUCUAUAGCUCGACUACCAUCACCAAGGGUCGUGGCCGUGGAAUAGUGUUUGCCACAGGCAUGUUUACCGAAAUCGGUGCCAUCGCAAGCGCUCUAAACGGCGGCGACGAAGACAGGGCCGACAACAGAGGGUCGGUUUUGAAGCGAGCGUGGAAAAGAUCGGUCCAAUGGCUAAGUGACUUCCUUGGCCUCGCCAAGGGCACCCCGCUACAACGAAAGCUUUCUCAACUCUUCUGUUGGCUGUUCGGGUUCGCGAUUGCCUGUGGUAUUAUCGUCCUCGCCGCCAACAAGUUCAACGCCAGUCAAGAUGUCAUUCUUUACGCGGUUACGACUGCCAUCGGCACCAUACCUGUCUCGCUUCUACUCGCCCUGACUGUCUCUUUGGCUGCGGGCGCCAGAGCCAUGGUAGACAGACAUGUCAUUGUCCGAAACAUGUCUAGCUUGGAGGCGCUGGGUGGCGUAACGAACAUCUGCUCCGACAAGACUGGCACGAUAACGAUGGGCAAGAUGAUUGCAAGGAAGGCCUGGAUUCCCGGAUGCGGCACAUUCUCUGUCAAUUCAGGCAACGAGGUAUACAACCCGACGACGGGAGAAGUUUCGCAUAACGUCAUGGAGCCCAAAGACAUGCAAAGGGAAGACACAAGCCAGUCGGCGGCAGUCACUCCCGCUGACGAGGUGAAGUCCAACGUCCCACUCCAGUGGUAUCUCACGAUUUCGUCCCUCGCCAAUCUUGCAACAUCAGAGAGCGUCGAGGGUCACUCGGAGAAGGCUGGCAUGACAUGGAAAGCAAAGGGUGCGCCAACUGAGAUUGCAAUGGCUGUCUUCGCUUCUCGCUUCGGAUGGAACCGCGCACAGCUUAGCCAGGGACCUCACGCACAGUGGUCGUCGAUUGCCGAAUUUCCUUUCGACUCGGAUGUAAAGAAGAUGUCCGUCGUGUUCCGGGAUACCAAGUCACAACAGGCUCACGUCUUUACAAAGGGAGCUGUGGAACAUUUGUUGAGCAGUUGUGACCGCAUCGCCGUGGGAGAGGAUAUAAAGGCUCUGGCCGAUGCGGACAAGGCCAACGUUAUCGCAAACAUGGAAGCCCUUGCAAGUCAGGGGCUUCGAGUUCUCGCCUUGGCCCAUCGAGAGUACGAGGACAACAUUUGUGAAGUGGACUUCUUGCCCAGAGGCACAGCACCUAGCCGAGAACUGUUUGAGCGCAAUCUCAUCUUUCGAGGACUCAUUGGGAUUUACGACCCCCCUCGCCCUGAAUCGCUCCUCAGUGUGCGCAUGUGCCAACGCGCCGGCAUCGUUGUUCACAUGCUCACGGGUGAUCAUCCACAGACAGCGCGCGCGAUCGCGGCGGACGUCGGUAUCCUACCGUCACCUGAAAAGAUGCGUGUUCUUCCGAUCAAAGUCACAGACUCAAUAAUGAUGACGGCAACUCAAUUUGACGCCCUAUCGGAUAGCAAAAUAGACGAUCUACCGCAGCUACCAUUGGUUGUAGCCCGGUGCACGCCAUCGACGAAAGCACGCAUGAUCGAAGCUCUUCACCGCCGAAAUAGAUACGUGGCAAUGACUGGCGACGGAGUCAAUGACAGCCCUAGCCUAAAGCGUGCGGACAUUGGCAUCGCUAUGGGCACCGGGUCAGAUGUCGCCAAGUCGUCAUCCGAUAUUGUGCUGCUCGAUGACAACUUUGGUUCAAUCUUGAACGCAAUCGAGGAGGGCCGUCGAAUCUUCGACAACAUCCAGAAGUUCAUCUUACACAUCCUUGCCGCUAACAUCGGCUUCGUUAUUGCGCUUCUCACGGGCCUGGCUUUCCAGGAUGACUCGGGCAUCUCGGUAUUUAUGCUCACGCCGGUCGAGAUCCUUUUCUUGUUGAUGGGUACUGGCGCCUUCUGUGAAACAGGACUGGGCUUCGAGAAAGGUGUCCCCGACAUCCUGAACCGUCCCCCUCACGACAUAAAAUACGGCAUCUUUAGUCCAGAGCUGAUCCUCGACAUGGUCGUUUAUGGUAUCCUCAUGGCGAUUUGUAUGAUAGGCCCGUUUACCGUUGUCAUCUUUGGCUUCGGGAGCGGCGACCUCGGCUUCGAAUGCAACCAUAAAUAUUCGGACUCGUGUGACACGGUAUUUCGCGCCCGAGCAACCUGCUAUACUGCUAUUACAUGGGUCUUUCUUUUCUACACUUGGGUCGUCGUCGAUUUGCGCCGCUCCUUCUUCUACAUGCCAAAGGGCCUCCGCGUGUGGGGACGACACCUUUGGGAGAACCGGUUCCUGUUUUGGUCCAUCGUCGGCGUCUUUCUUGUCACCUUUGCCACGCUGUAUAUUCCGGUUCUGAACCGCGACGUGUUCUUGCACUCUGGAAUGAGCUGGGAGUGGGGGGUCGUCGCUAUCGCGUUUGGCAUCUUUGUAGCCGGCGUGGAGACGUGGAAAUGGGCAAAGCGGGUUUACAGGAUUGCCACGGCCAACAAGAUCUAA